UUCCUAGGCAAUAGUAGCUGAAGCAGAACCAAAAUGGCUAUGGAUGGUGCUACCAACUCUGAGGAAUUCGCCGUGGGCUGCUUGCUCUCCAUCAAGACCACCUUAGGCGACGACUUUGAAGCUCAGGUCAUCACCUUCGACCGCCACACCAACAUUCUCGUCCUUCAAGAGGGUUCGAAGGCGGGACCUCGCCGGAACAUACGGUUGUUGAAGGCCAACUACAUAAAGGAGUUUUCGUUCUUGGGCCAAGCCGAAGAUCCACUUGAUAUAAAAAAAUGUUUCCUUGAUCUUAAUACUCUGCUCGCUAAAGAAGAUUUGGCCAUUAGACAAGCAGAGGCUGAGGCCGAGAGGAUAGGUGUGGGUGUUACCAGCGAGGCUCAGAGCAUUUUUGACGCCUUGUCCAAAACGCUUCCAGUGCGCUGGGACAAGACUGUCAUAGUUGUUAUGAAUGAGGUGCGUGUGAGUAGUCCAUAUCUCCCAGAAUCUGUUAAUGGAGGAACUCCUGCUGCCAAUGAGAGGGUGAAGAAAGUGCUUGAGUUUGAGAGGAAGAGAUUGCAAACUCGUGGUGGUGGUCAGUGAUAGUUAUUGCAUUGUCAUACAGGAGCUUGGAAAAUGACCUUGUGGGAUUAAACAUGAUGUGUACGUCCUUGUACGCCUAACCUUUAUCUGAGAGAAACAUGUUAUCUAUUUUCUCCAACCUCUUGAUGCUUUCUUUAAUCAAGGAAUUUCAUAUUUUCCAUA